UGAAUUUAGUGCCCAUUCAUAUAGUACAUUCUACACAACCACUACUGUCAUUCAUGUUUUGACAAAAACGUCAUGUCAUAUGGUCAGAAAAAAACGCAACCAAAACAAAACAGAGUUUGGAUCCAAAAUUCAGUAAAUUUUAGAAAUUUACUUAUAGAAAAUGGGAGGCCUGUUCAGCAAACAAAAGAAACCCCAGAGUAGGAUAACGGAACAUGACAAAGCUGUGCUGCAAUUGAAGCAACAACGGGACAAAUUGAAACAAUACCAAAAACGCAUCGAAUUGUCAUUGGAAAAGGACAGGGAAUUAGCGAAAAAAUGUCUGGCCACUGGUCGCAAAGAUCGAGCUCGCAUGUUACUACGCAAAAAGAAGUACCAAGAGAAAUUGUUGACCAACACCGAUUCACAACUGGAAAAUUUGGAAAAAUUAGCGUCCGACAUUGAAUUCGCCCAAGUAGAAAGAGAAGUGCUCGACGGGCUAAAGGUCGGAAAUACUGCCCUGAAAAAGGUCCAUGAAAUCCUAUCGAUUGACGAAAUUGAACGGAUAAUGGACGAGACGAAAGAGGGCGUUGAGAAGCAACAGGAAAUCGAUUCGAUAUUGAGCGGAGCAUUGACGGAAGAUGAUGAGGAUGCGGUACUAGCUGAAUUGGAUGAACUUGUGGCAUCAGAAGAAGCUGAUAAGGAAACAGGCAUAGACGAGGAAGUUCCAGUGGAUGAGGACUUAUCGGAAAAAUUGCCGGACGUUCCUACCGAUUUGCCAGAGAAACGACGGAAGGCCGAGAAAGAAAAAUCAUCUGCUAAAAGAAUCGCUUUGGAGGCAUAAUGUGAAUUCGAACGGUAACUUUAAGUGUAAAUAAACUGAAGUCGAUUUUACCAAGCGCUGAUAAUAACAAAAAAACUCUACUGUUGAACAAUGAAAAU